AAGUCUUAAUGAAGUAGCCAGCUGCAGAAGAAUCUGGACGGUUAGAUGAAAAAUGGCUUUCCAUGUGGAAGGACUGAUAGCUAUCAUCGUGUUCUACCUUCUGAUAUUGCUGGUUGGAAUAUGGGCUGCCUGGAGAACCAAAAACACUGGCAGCGCAGAGGAGCGCAGCGAAGCCAUAAUAGUUGGUGGCCGAGACAUUGGUUUGUUAGUUGGUGGAUUCACCAUGACAGCCACUUGGGUCGGAGGAGGCUAUAUCAACGGCACAGCUGAAGCAGUUUAUGUACCAGAUUACGGUCUAGCGUGGGCUCAGGCGCCAAUUGGAUACUCCCUUAGUCUGAUUUUAGGUGGUCUGUUCUUUGCAAAACCUAUGCGUUCCAAAGGGUAUGUGACCAUGUUAGACCCAUUUCAGCAGAUCUAUGGAAAACGCAUGGGUGGGCUCCUGUUUAUCCCUGCACUAAUGGGAGAAAUGUUCUGGGCUGCAGCAAUUUUCUCUGCAUUGGGUGCCACCAUCAGCGUGAUCAUCGACGUGGACGUGCGCGCUUCUGUCAUUGUCUCCGCGCUGGUGGCCACUCUGUACACCCUGGUGGGCGGGCUCUACUCGGUGGCCUACACAGAUGUCGUUCAGCUCUUUUGCAUUUUUGUAGGACUGUGGAUCAGUGUCCCCUUUGCACUGUCACACCCUGCAGUCUCAGACAUCGGAUUCACUGCUGUGCACACUAAAUACCAGGAGCCUUGGCUGGGAACCAUUGAGUCAUUUGAAGUCUACUCUUGGCUUGAUAGUUUUCUGUUGUUGAUGCUGGGUGGAAUCCCAUGGCAAGCCUACUUCCAGAGGGUCCUGUCCUCAUCCUCAGCCACCUACGCACAAGUGCUGUCCUUCCUGGCGGCUUUUGGGUGCCUGGUGAUGGCUCUCCCAGCCAUACUCAUUGGGGCCAUUGGAGCAUCAACAGACUGGAACCAGACUUCAUAUGGGUUUCCAGAUCCCAAGGACAAAGAAGAAGCAGACAUGAUUUUACCAAUUGUUCUGCAGUAUCUCUGCCCCGUGUACAUUUCUUUCUUUGGUCUUGGUGCAGUUUCUGCUGCUGUCAUGUCAUCAGCAGAUUCUUCCAUCUUGUCAGCAAGUUCAAUGUUUGCUCGAAACAUCUACCAGCUUUCCUUCAGACAAAAUGCAUCAGACAAAGAAAUCGUUUGGGUCAUGCGAAUCACGGUGUUUGUGUUUGGAGCAUCUGCGACAGCCAUGGCUUUGCUGACAAAGACUGUGUAUGGGCUGUGGUACCUCAGUUCCGACCUCGUUUACAUCAUCAUCUUCCCCCAGCUGCUCUGUGUGCUCUUUGUCAAGGGAACCAACACCUACGGGGCCGUGGCAGGUUAUGUUUCCGGCCUUUUCCUGAGAAUAACUGGAGGGGAGCCAUACCUGCACCUACAGCCCUUGAUCUUCUACCCUGGCUACUACCCUGAUAAGAACGGUAUAUAUAAUCAGAGAUUCCCAUUUAAAACACUUGCCAUGGUUACCUCGUUCUUAGCCAACAUUGGCAUCUCUUAUCUAGCCAAAUACCUAUUUGAAAGUGGAAGCUUGCCACCAAAAUUAGAUGUGUUUGAUGCUGUUGUUGCAAGGCACAGCGAAGAAAACAUGGAUAAGACAAUUCUGGUGAGAAAUGAAAAUAUUAAAUUAGAUGAACUUGCACCUGUGAAGCCUCGGCAGAGCAUAACUCUCAGCUCAACUUUCACCAACAAAGAGGCCUUCCUUGACAUCGAUUCCAGUCCAGAAGGGUCUGGGACUGAAGAUAAUCUACAAUGACCCCAUCUCAGUAAAAUGCUGCUUUCUCAAACAGAGUGCUAUAAUAGAGUAGUCCUGGAAAGGUGGUUUGCAACAUAUAAAAAUAUAUUAAAAAUAGAAACAACAUCAGGAGGCCAAAAAUCCAUAUAAAGUGUAACUGUACAAAUACAAGCCAAUCUAGAAGGAAACAUCCAUGAAAAAGCAACAAUAUCCUUUCUCAUCUAUAAUAGUGUUGAUUUUGAUGCUAGAUAGUUUUCUUAGGUAUAAAAAGUGAAUAAGGCCUCACUCAAAAGAACAAAGAGCCAAAUAGAGUAUUCACCUUUAUUAUGAAAAAAGGAUAUAUGAAAGAGCCUAAGAAAAAAGGAAGUUGGAUAAUCUUGAUACAAACAUUGUUUGCUAAUGCAGGGGUGAGUCUAGUUUAAUUAUCUCACUGAAGCUAUGAGAAUAACUCACAGUCAUCCAAUGAAUGGUGCAAUGAAUUAACCAGCUGAUUUUUCUUGGUAUGAUGAUUAACACCUUUUAUGUUCUGAGCUAUAACAUUUGCUGAAUAUGCAAUCUGUUAUUCCUUUAGUAAUGGCAUGUAAUAUUCUGAACCCAGGCAAAACAAACACACAAAAAACAUUAUAUAAUGGCAUUGCUUUAGGUGCAAGGUGAUAGGAAAAUAGAGUCCAUCUUUGUCAAGGAGCACUGGGAUACUUUGUGUAUGUCUAUAAUUACUAUAUGCAUAGGAGAAGGUACCUGGAGCUUAGAAAGAUCACUGGGCAACCUUAAAGCAAUAAAUCAGGAAGGUAUUAAGCAGAAAGUAAUAGGAAAAGCAGUGGAUUUUUAAAAUCUUCUGCUGAAGUAUAUAAAAUUUUGCCUCAUGAUAAAAAAGUAAUAUCUAAAUUAAUUUUGUAAGUGAAAUUGAGCCUUAUGUAAGAGAGGUAGCUAUAUCGCAUCAAUUAUGGUUAAUGAGAGACAAAUGGCUAAAUUAGCAUGUAUUUCAUUGACUAUUUAUCACCGACAACUCCCACGUCACUUCCUAAUGGUAGUAAAAUGAAAAGGAAAAAAAAACUCACUCAUUUUUUGAUAUUCAUUAAUGGGAAUGAUUUAUUGUUAAGGGAUCUACUCUGUGGCACUUUUUCACAUAAGCCAGUUUUAGGGACUGGACAAGAAACCACUAUGAAAAGUCUAUAGUGAAUUUUAAAAUAUGGAAGAAAGCAGAAAGUAAAACUAAAUCCUAAAGGAAAGAAGCCAUCGAUUUCAACAUCUGAUGUCUAUGUAAC